ACGAGGCGGGAAACAGACCGGCGGGCUCACCGACUCGCCGGCUUCGCAGCGGACCCCGCGGGCCUCGGCGCACGGACCGGCCAAUGAGAAGCGGGGGAAGAAGGGGACGGGCACUUCCGCUUCGGGAAAAGGGGCGGAGCCCGCGGGCCGCGCAGGCCGGUGAGUGCCGGCUGGAGGUUUGAGCUUCCGCAUCCUGCAAGAGGUCCCGGCGCCCCAGGGAGCUGCCCUGUCCAGAUCAUGGACCCCGAAGUGUCCCUGCUGCUGCAGUGCCCCCCAGGUGGGCUGCCAGAGGAGCAGGUGCGGGCUGAGCUGAGCCCAGACCAUGACCGCCGCCCCCUGCCAGGAGGGGACGAGGCCAUCGCUGCCAUCUGGGAGAGUCGGCUACAGGCUCAGCCCUGGCUCUUUGACGCCCCCAAGUUCCGCCUGCACUCAGUCAUCCUGGCACCCGCUGACUCACAGGGGCCACAACUGCUCCUGCGCCUGGGCCUUACUUCCUACCGAGACUUCCUGGGCACUAACUGGGCCAGCUCAGCUGCCUGGCUGCGACAGCAGGGGGCCACUGACUGGGGUGACAAGCAAGCCUACCUGGCAGACCCCCUGGGGGUUGGCGCCACACUGACCACUGCAGAUAACUUCCUUGUCUUCCUGCGUCGCUCUCGGCAGGUGGCCGAGGCACCUGGGCUGGUAGAUGUGCCUGGUGGGCACCCUGAGCCUCAGGCCGUGUGCCCUGGUGACAGCCCCCUGCACAAGGACCUCCCUGGGGAGCUGGUGGUGCAUGAGCUCUUCUCCAGUGUCCUCCAGGAGAUCUGUGAUGAGGUGAAUGUGCCACUGUCCACCCUGAGCCAGCCACUGCUUUUGGGCAUUGCCUGCAAUGAGACCAGUGCCGGCCGCGCCAGUGCCGAGUUCUACGUCCAGUGCAGCCUGACUUCUGAGCAGGUGAGGAAGUACUACAUGAGUGGGGGAGCUGAGGCCCACGAAUCCACGGGAAUCAUCUUUGUGGAGACACAGAGAGUACGGAGGUUGCAGGAGACCGAAAUGUGGGCUGAGCUCUGCCCCUCGGCUAAAGGCGCUGUCUUUCUCUACAACCAAGUACAGGGAAGUCCCACCUGAGUCGCCCUAGGGCCCCCAAUCCUAGCGCAACUUGGAAGACAAUAAAGGACUUUAUUCUUGGAUUC